UUCUCCUUCCUCCCUCCUUCCUCGCUAAGGUUUCCUUGCACCUGCAGGCUGCCAGGCUGCAGCACAGCAUCUCUUGCUCUGCAGCCAUUCUUUGGUCCUGAAUCCCUAGCCUUGCUCUUGUGAUCUUGCCGUAUUUGUGCACCAAGGCAGAAACUCUGCUCAAUUUUUCCAUCCAGAAUCAAGGUUUCCAGGGGAGACUCUGCCAAAAUUCACUGUCGCAAACCAAGGUUUUCUGGGGGAGAUUCUGCCCGAUUUUUUUGCUCAGCCAUCAAGCCGAGACCAUAUAUAUUUCACUACUGGUUUUUCAGGUAUAGAACAGUAGGCUUGUUUGUAGGAUAAUAAAAGCACGUGAGAUUUUGGCCAAUCCAUCGAUGAUUGAUUAAUUAGGGGUGGCUGUAAUUUGGUAGAUGUUACCAACCCUCUCUGAGGUGAACCUCUCCGAAUUUAUGAUCAGCUCGACUCUCCGGCGAGGCUCCCAUCUUGUCCUUUCCUUCUCCGUCGUUUUCCUCUACUGGUUUUACGUCUUUGAAUCCUAGCCACUGCCAAUAGUUCAGAUCGUCCAGUAGACCCUUCCAAAAUCACCAUAUAUUCUACAUAUAAUCUUAGUAAAAACUACAGCCUCUAGACAUAGCUGGGCCAACAAUAGUGUAGCUAAAAGAUGAGCCUGUCAGGUGGGACCCUAUCAAGUGAGACUUUGUCCGGGUCAAGCCAUGGGACCCAGAGCUACGGGUCGGAAGGUAACCUGGAGCUCCAGGCCCGGAUGGAUCUGAAGCGGAAGAGGAGAAAGGAGUCGAACCGAGAGUCCGCAAAGCGGUCAAGGCUGCGGAAGCAACAGCAACUCGAAGAACUUACCACACAGGUUAACCAGUUGAGGACGGAGAAGCAGCAGCUGGUGACGACGCUGAACCUGACCGUGCAGAGCUACGCGGCAGCGGAGACCCAGAACUCAGUGCUGCGCUCCCAGGCGAUGGAGCUGGAGAGCCGCCUGAGGGCGCUGCGCGAGAUCAUCUACUACAUGAACAGCGCCAGCACGCAGUUCCGUAUCCCCACCGCAGCAUCACAAACCACGGCUGCUGCUUACUACCCAACGACCUCUCUGAUGGCUUCAGCUGCUGCUAGUUAUGAUGUUGCUGGCGCAAACGCAUGGGGUUCAGGGAUGCAGAUGUUACAGCAGCAGCAGCCCAUCGAGCUGAUGUAUCACCGGUGUUAGAAUUUUUAUUUACUUUUGGGUAGAGGAAGUGGUGGCCAAAUAGGACAGCACAAUUACAAGAUGUUGUAAGGGCUUGUGCGUGUCUGUUGCUUUGUUUAGUAAGAAGAUGUUGUUGUGGACGGGGCAACGCAAUGCUAUUCUGGCUUUGCUGCUGUUGGUGGCAGAUUGAGAAGCACCAACAGCAAGUUGUCUUUUGGUUCUUUAGUAGGUGGGAGUAGAGGGAGAUGGGCUAACCAUGGGAGGCAGAAAAAUUGGUGUGUGCCUAUGCAGUCUGCACCCCUUGGAAUAUGAAUUGAUGGUAUACUUAUUGGGUAUUGUGCGUCCCGUGUUGUAUAUUCAAUGCCCUUUUAUGUGUAUUGUAUUGGACAAGUUUUGACAAAA